AUGUCGCACGAGGCUCUCAACCCAAUCCACCCCCAGGUCCUCCCUCACCUGGACCCUGUGUUCGUUCAAUUGUAUAACGAACAUGCAGCAAGCACCCCUGCAGGACCCAUUGACCUUGCAGUUUUGCGCAAAAAGUAUUCUGUGCUGUAUUCAUACGGAACAGGUCCGGCACCUGAUUGUGCACGAGUCUAUGACACAGAAGUUCUUGGUCACAACGGAGAUGCGGUUCCUGUUCGCGUGUACGAGCCCGCCUCUGAGGGCCCAUGGCCAGUGCACGUUGAUUUCCACGGCGGAGGAUGGGGCCUGGGUGACCUUGACACGGAAUCGCAUAUUUGCAAACACAUCUGCAUGAAAGCAAACGUCUGCGUUAUCGACGUUGACUACCGCCUCGUUCCGGAAUUUGCUUUUCCAAUCGGAAUUCAAGAUUCGUUUGCUGCAUUGCAAUACAUUCACGCCGAAGGCGCGAAAAAGUUCAAUAUUGACUCCAAUCGAAUCUCAAUUGGCGGCGUCUCAGCAGGUGGCAAUAUCGCUUUGGUGUGUGCUCACCUAGCUAGAGACGCGAAGAUCCCUCUUAGACUAGUAGCUGUCGGCACUCCCACCGUGGAUGACAUCUCAAAAUACAAGACAGCAUCCGAAACGCCAUGGCAGUCGAUGCACGAAAUGGAGCAUGCACCUACCUUGAACUGGGCCCGAUUAAAAUGGUUCGAUAACCUCAAGUGGCAGAGCAUUGCCCCGGCAGGCCCGGAACGAGACUCCCAACUUGCCGCCCUCAAGUGGUAUGCAAACAUACUUGAUGCGCCAGACUUUACCAACCUGUCGAAGACUGUCAUUUAUACGGCUGCCUGUGAUCCUCUGCGGGACGAAGGAGAAGCCUAUGCCCAGAAACUCAUAUCUGGCGGGAGCGAAGUCAUUCAAAAAAGGUUUGCUGGAGUGCCUCAUCCGUUCAUGCAUAUGGACAAAGAUUUAUGGCAAGCCAAAGAAUUUAUUGAGUUGACUGCUGAGCAUAUCAAAUUCACGCUGGGAAAGUGA